AUGAGUUCCUUUGAUAGAUCCGUCCAUAAAUCAUCCAGCUGUUUUGCUGGCAUUUGCAGGAAUAAUAAUGAUGAUGCUUCUCUUAUUGCUGACCGGCAACUAUCACCAGUAGAUGAUGGCUUGACCCCUGCGGUUCGUCAGAAGAAAAAGGAGAUUGAUGACCUACUGAUCAAAGCAUUGAACGGACUCACGUUUGAAGAACGACAAGAACAGCAGGAAAUCCUGCAUGGGGUGGAAGCAACGAUUGCAGAAGAAGCGACAUUCAUGGAAGCAUCGCGGACAGAACUAGAAAGCCAUCUUGAGCGCAUUAAGCGGGAUACCGUAUAUGAGCUUGCUGAAAAAAUGGACCCUAAUUAUGUUCGUGCAAGGGCAUUUCAGGUGAUGUUUCUGAGAAGCAAUCGAUAUGACACCAAGGCAUCAGCUGAUCAUAUGUUGAAGUUUUUUGAAAUGAAGCAUCAUCUGUUUGGAAUUUCAAAAUUGGUGAAAGACAUCACGAUUAAUGAUCUCGACGAGGGUGAUAUCCAGUGCCUAAAGUCUGGGCUGACACAACUUGCCGGAAAAGACAGAUCCGGUAGACGUAUCAUCCUGAAUCUUCCUGGGCUAAGAGCACUUGAGUUGACGCUCCAGAAUGAAAUGCGGAGUCGGUUUUACAUUUUAAUGACGCUAUUGGAAUCAGAGGAAGCUCAAAUCAAAGGGACCAUCCCCAUUGUUUAUUCAGUUGCUGACAUGAAGGACAGGGUUGGGACGGGGUUAGGCGGGUCUUACGAACAUGUGAGACUUUCAAUGUCCAUCCCUUUGCGUAAGGCAGCUAUGCAUUAUUGCACGGAUGACAUCAACGAGCACCGAUAUUACAUUUGCCUCGUCAAUGUAGCCUCAAUCAAACUGAGAACAAGAAUCAGAUCUCAUUAUGGCAGCCAAACAGAAUGUUUGUACCAAAUGUCCACCUACGGAAUUCCAAAAACAUUUCUUCCGGUGGACUCGGGCACCAGGAAAAUUAGUCUUCAACGGCACCUCAGAUGGGUCGAGUCUCGUUUCGAAAUGGAACAGCUGGGCGAUCGUCCUUUACCAUUCACAGUCGCAGCACCACCACCAAGAGACCUGAUUAGUCCUGUUGAAAAUGACGUGCUAGUUAUUGGUGGCAACAGGAGUAACAACAUAGGAAACCAACGGCUUCGAGCUAUUGUCAAAGAUUUGUCCCGAGCUUAUGAACAUGCAAACAAGGGAUCGAGAAAAGCUUUGGUGGACCGUGCCAUCCAUUCGGUGCAUGAAUCCGGAGGUCGGUUUCUGAAGCAGGAUGACACUGGUGUGGAGACGGUAUGGAAAGGAAUGUCCAAAGACCAAAUUCGAAGGAUAGUCACCCAGUCAUUCCGCAAUAGCUAUCGCCGGAGAUAG